CUUGGCACAAGAAUCCAAGAGGAGAACCUGCUCCUGGCGUUAGACACUGCAAGGCCUCACCGGUUUUUCAGUAACAGAGCAGAUUCAUAAACGCUGCCGCGACCAGAGUUCAGCAGAUAAUUGUUGUUCCAUGAGGAACUGACUGUUCCUAAACAACUGAGAGAUAACACAAGUCAAAGAUUAGAAACACACACCCCCACACAAAUAAAUACAGUACACCUUUGCCAAAUCACAAAGGAAUAUAUAAGAAAUCCACAGUCAGAGAGAGCAGUCUAAACAGAGCAGGCAGUUUGUGCCAUCAGCAAUAGCACAAAGUAGAAAUAGAAAUUGUUGCUCUUACUUUUUAUCCUGGUUGCAGUGAGCUGUAGACUCAGAGACAAAGACAAGAAUGAGGAGAACAGCAGUAUUUGUGCUCCUGCUGCUAAACAUGGAUCUGCAGGUAAAUGCUGCUGAUAAAACCACGACAUCUCCAGCACAAGCCUCCAGGACAGAGGAGAAGGUGAAGACAGAACAUGAAGCCAGUGGCACUGAGCCUCCAGUCACCACUUCUCCAGCUUUCCUGGGUAACCUGCUGGUGGUACCGAUGGAUGGGAGCCAUUGGGUGGGAAUGAAAGCCAUAGCUGAAGAAAUGGGACGACGUGGACACAAAGUCACAGUGGUCAUACCAGAAAUUAGUCUAAAGUUAGGACCAGGGAAACACUACGACACUGUGACCUUCCCUGUUCCCUAUGACAAGACUUUUAUUGACUCAUUGACGUCAUCAUAUAAAGUCAAAAUGGUAAAAUCCUUCAUGGUGAUGCUGAAUACUCGACUCUUACAAUUACGUCAGAUAGUUCUACCUUUCAUCCGCGUCACUGCAGAGAGUCUACUGUUUAAUGCCAGUCUCAUCUCACAUCUGGAACAGCAGGGUUUUGAUGCCCUAUUGACUGAUCCCGUUGUACCUACAGGCACAUUAGUAGGUCGAAAACUGGGUCUUCCUACUGUUAAUUUACUCCGGACCAUUCCAUGUUCUUUGGACAUGAAGGCUGCAGGCUGCCCCUCCCCACCUUCAUAUGUACCCAUCUUUUAUACCAGAUUCACAGAUAAAAUGAACUUCAAACAAAGACUUGUCAACACAGUGAUGUCUUGUCUGGAGCCUUUACUGUGUCGACUGCUAUAUUGGCACUUUGACACUAUGGCCCAUCAGUUCUUGGGAGAAGAUGUCGGCCUAGCUCAAAUACUGUCUGACACUGAUAUCUGGCUUCUGAGGUCUGACUUCACACUAGAUUUUCCACGUCCUUUGAUGCCUAACAUUGUUAUGGUUGGUGGCAUAAACUGCAAAGUGAGAAAUCCUCUGCCUGAGGACCUGGAGUCCUGGGUGUCAGGAGAACAUGGGUUUGUGGUGUUCACACUUGGCACCAUGGUGUCAGAUAUGCCAGAGGAGUUAACGUCUGUCUUCCUAGAGGCCUUUAGGCAGAUCCCACAGAAGGUCAUAUGGAGAUACACUGGGGAAGUUCCUCACAAUGUCCCAGAACAUGUGAAGAUAAUGAAAUGGAUUCCUCAAAAUGCCCUGCUAGCACAUCCUGGAGCUCGGGCCUUUAUCACUCAUGCUGGCUCACAUGGUCUGUUUGAGGGAAUAUGUCAUGCUGUUCCCAUGGUGAUGUUACCACUUCACUGGGAACAAGCAGACAAUGCCCAAAGGUUGGCCAGCAGGGGUGCAGGACUGGUCCUAGACAUUUAUUCUAUCUCUUCAGACAACCUCCUUUUGGGAUUGGAUGAGGUCAUCAAUACCACCAGGUAUAAAGAGAACAUCCAGAAGCUUUCCAUCCUCCAUAAUGACAGACCUGCUGACCCACUCGACCUUUCAGUUUACUGGACAGAGUUUGUGAUGCGACACAAAGGAGCCAAACAUCUCAAAGCUGCUGUUGCUGACCUCAACUGGUUCCAGUACUUUUGCCUGGAUAUUGUGGCUGUGCUGGUUUCUGUCGUGCUGGUUUCUGUGGUACUGACAGUAAAAUGCUUCAAACUAUGUCUGAGGAGAGUGAGAGCGAAGAGAAAACUAGACUAACAUAUAAUAAUAUGUGAAAGUUUUGAAUUAUCUGCAAAUUUGCCCUAAAGAUUAUUUUUACCCCUAAAUAAUGGAAUAGCAUACAAAGAAGAAAGAGUAAGCAGAAUUAAUGAACAAUUGUAUUUGCAACAUUAGUCAGUCAAAUAAUGUUACAAAUAAAAGGAUGUGUUAUGUUUUA